GCUACAUUAUAUAUACACAAAACUAAAAAUGCAGUUAGAGAAACUGGCCCACAUAAAUAUAUAUCAUUCGAUGUGGUUUACCGCUUGGGAACUACACUGGGCCUAGCUUGCCUAUGGGUUUUGCAAAAAAAAAAAACAAAAACAAAAAAAAAAACGUUUCUCUGCCCCCGACUCGUUCUGUGCAAACCUCUUGCGGCCUCCGGUCUCCCAGACUCCUCGGCUCCUCGCCGCUGGUGAACCUGCAGGCGGCGGCUUCCAAACUCCAAAGAGCGCCGCCACCCGCUGCCUAUUCGACGAAAUGGCUGAGGGGCCAGCGCCCAAGAAACCGACCAGUACGGCCGGCGCCGCCGCGAGUGACGCCUUCGCCGCCCUCCCUGACGAGAUAUUGCAGCACGUCCUGUCCUUCCUCCCGGCGCAGCCGGCCGUGCGGACGUGUGUCCUGGCUCGGCGCUGGCGCCGACUCUGGGAAGGCGCCGCGGGCCUGCGCAUCACCGCCGCCAACGCACCUGAGCCAGUGUGCAAACCGGAUGACCUGGUGUCCUCGGCGGAGCUUCGGGAGUUCGUGGACCACCUGCUCCUCCUCCGUGGUGGCGCGCCGCUUGAUAGUUGCGAGUUCAUGUUCGAUGUGCGCGACGACGCGGACGUGCCCCAUGUCAACCUCUGGAUCCGGCAUGUCAUCCGGUGUCAAGUCCGGCGGCUCGAGCUUAGUAUCACCCGGGAGGAGGAUCCCACGGGCCUUCAUUUUUACGUCGACAACCUGCCUCUUGUCUCCAGGCACCUUCGAAGGCUAGAGCUGAACGACACAGGAUUGAAUGACAGCUUCCUUGAUUUAUCAGGCUGUCCGGGAUUUGAAGACCUAUAUAUCAGCAAUGGUGGCUUUGUCCAUGCCAAGAGGAUCUCAUCUAAAUCUGUGAAGCACCUGACUGUCAUCGAUUCCAGCUUCAACAAGCCGGUCCGCACUGUAAUUGAUGUCCCAAGUGUCGUUUCACUGCAGCUAGAGGACCCAUGGGACAGAACUCCUGUGCUUGGGAGCAUGCCAUUGUUAGCAGUGGCAUUUGUCAGACUUGGCACUGAUUCUAUCAUGUCUUUGGAUUGGUGCUAUAAGUCUGAAUCUGGGGAUUGCAAUGAUGAGCACUGCCAAGGGUGUUAUGGCCUGGAAGGUGAUAGUUUGAAUGGUAGCAAUGCCAAUGGCGCCAAAAAGAACAAAUCUGUGCUUCUUAAUGGUUUAUCAGAAGCUAAGAGUUUGGUCCUGAUAGAUGAAUCCCACAAGUUCAUUUUCAAACGAGAUUUGAAAUGCUGCCCCAUGUUCAGAAUGUUGAAGACUUUGUUACUAAAUGAAUAUUGGUGUGUGCCUCCUGACUUCCGUGAACUAGCUUGUCUUCUUGAAUAUUCACCAGUUCUAGAGAAGCUCACUCUUCAAAUUUUUUUCAAGGGACCUGAACAUAAGUUUGAAAUUAUUGCAAGCUACAGUCAGAUGGAGGGAUCUGCUGCAAUAUCAAAAAACCUUAAGAUUGUUGAAGUCAAAUUUGAAGUGGCUGACGAGGGAGUUCUGAAAGUUUAUAACUUCCUGCAAACACUUAACAUAGGUUUUGCUUUCUACAUUGCUGCAGUUUGUUAUCAUAUUUGAAACUAGAACAAGAUUUCAAUUUUGAUGAAGAAGAGGAGAGUUUGGUAGAAGAUGUAUCUACUACCUCUUAACUGCAUCAAGAAAUGGAAGGUUGAAUUUGAUCUGGCAAGGGUUCUGUGUUUUGUAUGUGAACUUUUCAUGUUGCUUCUGCUUGUAAUAAACUAGGACUACAACUUAAUUGCAAUCAGUAUGAGCUAUUUAGGUCAUUGUGAUGGGCCUUGUAUACUGUGCUAUAUUCGGUUUUGUAUCCUGUUUAUGUGCCAAGGACAGUGUUCUACCUUUCUGUAGUACAUUAAACUUGUUGAUUGUUCUCCUAAUGAUCUAAUGUACUCUCC